AGAAGGGUACAACGUGAGGGGUGGGAAGGGUGGAGCGGACUCCGUGCCCGCUGUGAGGGCAGGCACCGCCCCGCGCCUGCUCCGUGAUGGCGGCGAAGCCGGAGCCGGUUUCGCGCAUGCGCAAGACGCUGAGGGCAAGCGAGCGGCGGGAAACCGCCAUGGCGGAGGCGGCGGUGGGACCCGGCGGCUCCCCCGGCCCGGCCGCUGCCCCGUCCCCGCGGGGCUCGGCCGGGCAACAAGAGGACGAGCGAUGCCCCGGCGGACCCAGCUCUGAGAGCGGAGGGGCCGCGCCAGACCCGGACUCGGCAGCCGGAGCAGCGCACGCUGGGGCGCCUUUGACACCUCUGGCCAAGAAGGGCACGCCGAGCUCGUCGGGCAGGAAGAGAAGAGCCGCGGGCAGCCCCUGGAAGGAGCCGCCGCUCGAGUCCUUCCGACUGUCGCCGCUCGUCGCCAGCCCUCAGGACCAGCGCCGCUCCUGGCGCCGCUCCAGCCUCAAGGGCCGCCGCUCCCGCCGCAAAUCGCUGCCCCCCGUGCACCAGGAGCUCCGCGAUUUGAGCAAAUCCAUCAGCCUGGAUCUUCCUGAAGUCCAACGUCUCUCCCUCCUCCUCCUCUCCAGCUUCCAGUUUUCUGCCCGGAAGUUGCAGCAGGUCCUGGAGCAAUCCGAGGGAUUCGACCCCGAGGCUUUCGCUGCCAAAGUCCAGAAGGGCUCUGAGGAAUUCCAGAGGCUCCUGCAGAGGCUGCUCCACGAUGGGACCCUCAGGAAGUGCCUGGAGCCCAGCCCAGG